AUGGAGAAAGAUUCCAAUACAGUCCAUCUGGAAAAGCCCCCCUUGGAUACAUACGACAAGAACUGGGCACAUGUCACCUCGGCCGGCCGCGAGGCCACCGCUCGCGAGCACGAGCUGAGCGUCGCGCAGGCGGUGAGAAUGUACUACAAAGCGGUCAUCUGGUCGAUCAUGAUAUCCAUGGUGAUCAUCAUGGAAGGCUACGAAAUCGUCCUGAUCGGGUCGCUGUUCGGACAGCCGGCCUUCCAGAAGAAAUACGGCAAACCGGCCCCCGACACGCCCACUGGCUACCAGGUUCCUGCUUCGUGGCAGGCUGGUCUCACGGCAGCGUCCAAUCAUCCCGUGGGGAGCGUUCGCUACGACGGCUCCGGCAUAUGCCUCCGAGGUCUGUCCGCUUACGCUGCGCGGCCAUCUGACCAUCUAUGUCGACCUCUUCUGGGCAAUCGGCCAGCUGAUCGCGGCUGGAGUUCUGGAGGGCGUAUCCGGCAUGACGACCGAGUGGGCGUACAAGAUUCCUUUUGCGGUUCAGUGGGUAUGGCCUCUUCCUCUUGCCAUAAUGAUUUGGCUGGCACCAGAGUCUCCGUGGUGGCUCGUCCGUUCUGGGGAUCUGGAGCAAGCAGAGCGUUCAUCAAGAGACUGUCGUCGGAUUCCAACGACAAUGCCAGACAGACGGUCGCGAUGAUGGUCCAUACUGUCCAGACGGAGCUCGAAAUGGAGUCCGGUGCGAGUUACUUCGACUGCUUCCGAGGAACUGACCUGCGUCGGACCGAGAUUGCAUGCACGACGUUUGCGGCGCAAUGUCUGUGUGAGCAGCUGGGUGGGAAUCCGACCUACUUCUUCGAACAAGCCGGAGUAGCGACCUCGCAGUCAUUCAAGAUGACGGUCGGCAGUCUGGGCCUUGCCUGUGUGGGCGUCUUCGUGUCGUUAUGGCUGAUUGGUUUUGUUGGACGGCGAAUGCUGUAUGUCGCCGGUCUGGGGGCCCUAUCCGUUCUUCAGAUCAUCGUAGGCAUCGUGUCUGCCUGCUCGAGCUCGAUAGCAAGCAACUUUGCCCAGGCUGGACUCAUUAUGUUCUGGCUCUUCGUUUUCUACAUCACCCUGGGGCCUAUCUGUUUCCCGAUCAUCUCCGAGAUCUCGUCGACCAGGCUGCGGGCGAAGACGGUCUGUCUGGCAAGAAACAGCUAUUAUAUCGCCUCCAAUGUGGCUGGGAUCAUCACGCCUUACAUGCUCAACCCGACUUCAGGGGAUCUGAAAGGCAAAACAGCCUUUUUCUGGGGAGGCUCUGCAGCAUUGUACUUCCUCUGGGCGUAUUUUCGCCUGCCCGAAACGAAGGACCGGACCUACGAGGAACUGGACCUUCUGUUCUCAUGGAAAGUGCCUGCUCGCAAGUUUGCUGGACACGAUGUGGAUGCAUACGAUUGCACUCGUGAGAGUUGA